AUGGGUAUUUUGCAUAAAGGAACUUCAUUAGCAAAUGUAUAUCGUUCACUCAAAGAAAAAUAUGGUGAUGUAUAUCGAUUUUGGUUGGGUUUAAACCCAUUUAUUGUAAUCAGUAAUGCCGAUUAUGCACAGUACAUAUUCUCCAGACGAGAUGUGUACGAUCAAAGUCAUUUUUUCAAAGAUUGGUUAGAUUCAUUGAUGCCAAAUGGACUCAUCUUAACUCAAGAACUUAGAUCCGAUUCCGUUCGAAAACUUCAUUUUGAUAUGUAUAACCAAUACCAACGUUUAAUGCAGGGAAUAAUUGGUCUUAUUGCAUUCGAUUACGAUCUACAACGGGAAGAAAGACUGAAUAAAGCUCUUGGUGUAUUCCUGGCGAUGAUGAAUAAACUGCUGCUUAUGUCAAGUUUACCAAAGAUAUUUUUGCAUACUUAUGUAAAGUUGAAUACAGAAUUUCAGAAAGCAAUGAAAACAAUUCAGAUUUAUACAGAGGCCAUUGUUCUCAAAGAACAACAAAUUCAAGGAGAGAGCAAGGGAAAAAGUUUGAUUUCAUCAUUAGUAUCAUCUUUGCAGGAAAAUGAAGUCGAAGAACAAAAGGAGAAUGAAACCGAACAACAAGGUAAACAGCCAGUAACUUAA